GGUGAGGGGAUGGGAGGUGUUCCGGGAGGAGGUGAAGAGGCUAAUUUGGAUAGCGGGGCCGAUGGUGGCGGUGACACUUUCGCAAUACAUGGUCCAGGUUUUAUCGGUGAUGAUGGUCGGCCACCUCGGUGAGCUCUCCCUCUCCAGCACCGCCGUCGCCAUCUCCCUCUCCGGCGUCACCGGCUUCAGCUUAAUGCUUAUGGUUGCCCCAUAAAACUAGAGUGACGGCAUUUGGCAGCCGUCGCCGCAAUUGAUGACCAUUGCCGAAGGUCGAAAAAUGAGAUCAGUAGCCAACAGGACACAAUAGCUAUUUCAGCGAAGGUUGAGGGGUGCUUAAUCGACCUCUGUCAAUCCCUUCAUGGCUCGAUCACCAACUUGGUCGCCAUCGAGUCAUAUGCCAGCAACAGCAGCUACUGUGGGUCUAGGCGAGGUCCGCCUUGUUCUUCUGGAAUUUCUACAGGGAAUCACCAUUGCAAUCAAGCAAUCCCCAAUGCUGAAUAUAAUGUUUCAUCUCGAGAAAGGCUGCAGCAGCAUACUUUCUUAAGAUGCCUUUGUCAACGUUUCCAGACACGGAGUUCUUGAAGAGCAGUCAAAUUGAUCCGGCAGUGUCAAAUAUUGGGUGUCAGAAAAUUGGAAAUGGCAAGACGAUCUCUUCCCCUUUCCAAUGGACUACGGGGACCAAGUUGAAUGGCCACGAUAAUUCUUGUCGAGGAAGGGAUCAAGCACCCUUUAUGACCCUCCGCUGAGCUAUACUUUGUGUCCUGCCGGUCUGCCGGUCUGAUACCCCAACAUCCAGCAAUACUUGUCAGCAUUGCUGAUGACACUAAUAAUCGGAUUUGUGGUGGGUGGUGUGCCUUCGGUUUGCCAUCAAAGAUAGCUGGUCUCUGGUCUUCGAAAAGUUGGCCAAUCAUUUAAUCGAAUUGAUUUAAUUUGUAUUUGGGUUUGGGAUAAUGAUUUUUCUCUAGUAUUUUUUCAUAUCUUCACAUUGAUGAUGAACUCUUCAAUACUUACCGAACAGCUAGGGAUGGCUAGUGCACUCGAGACACUAUGCGGCCAGGCCUUUGGAGCUUGCCAAUACCGUAAAGUUGGGAUCCAGACCCAGACUGCAAUUUUAUGCCUCACCCUAGUCUGCAUACCCCUCUCUUUCUUAUGGUUUUACAUGGAGAAACUGCUCAUCUUCACUGGCCAAGAACCCAUGAUCUCCCGAGAGGCCGGGAAGUUCACCGCUUGUCUUAUCCCAGCUCUCUUCUCCUAUGCUUUGACGCAGCCACUGGUCCGCUAUUUCCAGGCCCAGAGCCUGACAGUCCCCAUGCUCGUGAGCUCGUCUGUGAGCCUCUGUGUCCAUGUGCCCCUGUGCUGGGCCCUUGUGUUCAAGUCUAGCCUCGGAAACCUUGGGGCUGCUGUGGCUAUUGACGUGUCAUAUUGGUUGAACGUGGCACUACUGGUGUUGUUUGCGUGGUACUCCCAGUCCUGCGAGAAGACGCGGGCCACUGUCUCCUUAGAGAUGUUUCAUGGUGUUGGGGAGUUCUUCCGGUUUGCUAUCCCUUCGGCUGUAAUGAUAUGCCUCGAAUGGUGGUCGUUUGAGCUGCUUAUCUUGCUUUCUGGGCUUUUACCAAACCCUGAGCUCGAAACUUCGGUCCUAUCUGUGUGCCUCACGACCAUUUCAACCCUCUACAUGAUCCCAUACGGAUUCGGUGCUGCUGCAAGCACAAGAAUCUCAAACGAACUUGGAGCUGGGAACCCACGUGCGGCCAAGGGGGUUGUUCGUGUUGUGAUGUCUCUCGCGGUGGUGGAGAUGGGUAUUGUGAGCAUAGCUUUGUUUCUAAGUAGGAAGGUUUUCGGAUAUACCUUCAGCAGCGAGAAGGAAGUGGUGGACUAUGUGACGAGGAUGGCCCCUCUGGUUUGCUUAUCUGUCAUCUUCGACAGUUUACAAGGUGUUCUCUCAGGGGUGGCUAGAGGAUGUGGAUGGCAGCACAUUGGGGCGUACGUGAAUCUUGGAGCGUUCUAUCUAUGUGGAAUCCCGGUGGCCGCCUUUCUAGGUUUUAGGACAGGCUUAAGGGGACUAGGACUUUGGAUCGGAAUCCAAACCGGAGCUUUUGUGCAAACGGUGCUUCUCGCAGUUGUCACGAGCUGUGUCAACUGGGAAAAGCAGGCAAGGGAAGCAAGGGAGAGGCUAUUCGAAGGAAGAAGUAUGGCAGGCGAUCUAUUGAUAUGAUUGUAAUUACCUUCAAGACAAUUUUUGACAGCGUAUCAAUUAUACAGCUUCAUCUGUCGAGAGUGUGUAAUUUUCUAAUUAGAAGAGAUUGAGACCUUGAUGCCCCGAGAGGUGUAUCAGUUUUGAUGAGUAAAAAAAAAUUCCUAUGAAUGCCCUUUAUGUUAAGAUAUGAUAUUCAUAUGAAUGUCCUUUAUGUCAA